AUGUCACCUUCCUUUAUUAUUAUGCUUUUUUCCUCAGCUUCUGCUCCAGAGCAGCAGCCACAGCCUCGCCCCUACCAAGGUGUCCGUGUCAAAGAGCCAGUGAAGGAGCUGUUGAAAAGGAAACGGGGAAAUCUUCAUAAUGCCACUGCAACUGCAGCUGCCACGGUUGUUUUGCCCCACCAGCCGCUUCCUUCCUACUCACCAAUGGGCCAGCCUUGCAUUGAGAUGGACGUGGCUGCCCCUGCAGUGCCUCUCACUGAUGAAGGAGCUCUCUGUUCUGGCUGGAUCUCCCAGCCCUCUCCCACAUCCUUACAGCCCUUGACUCAGUGGACCACCUACCCUGAUUACGUGUCCCACGAAGCAGUCAGCUGCCCAUACACAGCAGAUAUGUAUGUUCAGCCCGUGUGUCCCAGUUACACACUGGUUGGACCAUCAUCUGUUCUGACUUACACCUCUCAGCCACUGAUCACCAACUUUGCACCCCGGAGCACCCCCCCCCCUGUGGUGCCUGCGCUGGAGGGGCCGGAGCAGCAGCCACCCCUCACGUACUUCCCGUGGGGACAGCCCCUCUCUGCACUGCCAGCCCCCACUCUGCAGUACCAGCCAGCUUCUUCCACGCUUUCUGGGCCCCAGUUUGUGCCCCUGCCCAUCUCCAUUCCUGAGCCAGCCCCCCAGGAGCUGGAGGAUGCCCGACGCGUGAUCGGCGCCCUGCCCAUCGAGAAGCUGCUCCUAGAAGAUGAAGACAAUGAUACGUAUGUUUUAAACCAUGCUCUCUCUGUUGAAGGGCUCUAA